AUGAGAAAACUUCUUCCUAUUUUCUAGACACACCAUAUACAUCAUGGUCAUAUGAUAACUUUCUUGAAGCUAUGAAAAGUGAUAGAGAAGAUGAUGAAACAGUUCUUCAAAUUGUAACAUUGUUAUCUAGUCAGAAACAAACAAUGGCUACAAUAAGAUUCUGGAAAAAAUUGUUGUCAGAGAAAAGUCAAACAAGUGCACAGAUUCGAGUCAACUCUCAGGCAUUAGAUGUGUUAGAUAUCGAACGAACACAAUUAAAUGACACAGAAAAUGAGAUAUCUGUAUAA